AGAUUCAGGGAGUGAGGAACAGGGUGUGGGGCAUAAAAGUUGUGAUUCGCACCAGUCCUGAGCACUGAAGGACAGCGGUGAACAUGACAGACGCCAAGGAAGCCAAGGGGCAGCGGCUGGGGCCCCCGGAUGAAGAAGAGCUGAUAGCCGGUGGCCCCGGAAGUUUUAUGAAAGGCUUUGGCCUUUCUGGAUUCAAAUUCUCUGCAGGGUGUCUGGGAGAUUACUCCCUCCCCCUGGCCCUACAGCUGCUCGCCUUCACGUUAUUUGCUGGACUCCUGGUGGCCAUCCUUGUCCAAGUCUCCAGAAGCCCUAGCUUCCAGGAACUGGAGCUGGAACAGUCAAAGCAGGAGAAGAUCUACCAGGAACUCAGCCAGCUGAAGGCUGGAGUGGACAACCUGUGCCGCCCCUGCUCCUGGGACUGGACGUUCUUCCAAGAGAAGUGCUACUUCUUCUCCAAAUCCCAGCGGAACUGGAGUGACUCAGUGACCGCCUGCAAGGAGGCAGGGGCCCAACUGGUCAUCGUGGAGAGCGCCGAGGAGCAGAGUUUCCUGCAGCUGGCUUCUAAGAGUAAAGGCCACACCUGGAUGGGACUCUCAGACCUGAACAAGGAAUCCACGUGGCACUGGGUGGAUGGCUCACCUCUGUCUCUCAGCUUCAUGAAAUACUGGAACCCAAAGGAGCCCAAUAACUUGGGGGAGGAAGACUGUGCAGAAUUUGAUGGUGAUGGCUGGAAUGACGCCAGAUGCGAUAUCAACAAGUACUUCAUCUGUAAGCAAUCUGCAGCGUCCUGCUCUAACUGAUGGCCAGUCCCCCUCACGGCGCCGGCGGCUCCAACUUCCCUACCACAUCCAGAACAUUACCCACAUUUACGCCAGCUCCUUCUCUUAGUCUUUUGGCACUGAGUACUUACCGUAGAGCUGGGUCUCUUCUACACUUCUCACCAUCUGGAGGGCUUGGCCCCUGCUGUCCUUCCACCUUCCUCCCAGAUACGCCCUGACUGAGUGUCUGUCGUUCUGGCCCAUCUUUGCAAUCUAAUAUAGCUACAAGGUGUGGAAUACACCCAGAGACAAGUGUGUGCCCUUAAUGUGUUCCUCCCUCUUGCUGAUACCAGAGGUUGUUUUCGCAUUGCCGUGUGUAGCUCCUACCAUGUCUCCUGCAGCUUCAUCCCAUCCUCGUGUAUUUCCUUUCCAUGUAUUCAAUGUCUAUCCACUUGUCCUGCACCCCUACCUGGGGACUUUCUCUGGUUGCUGUAACUCUCCUAUACACCAAGAACAUGAGGGAAUGAAUCCCCUCAAAUGGGUGACUGGCUAGAGUUGACAUGUAAAUACCUUCAUUCCGAGCUUCCUUGGUUAGGACCCUGGUGAACCCUGAGAUGGUUCUUCCGUGUCUCCCAGCAAGAAGGAACUGUUGGCCAGACCGGAAGCUCUUCCUGCUGGCAGUUGUCACGCCUCAGCCCCUGCCCCCUGACUGCAGCAGGGAGCGCUCCUCCGAGGCUGGGCUGUUUCCUGGCACAGCUCUGUUGUGUAAGGGACAACGAGGACCUGGUCCUACAGGGCCAACAUGGGACAGCUCUGAAGGACCACUCGGGCUCCAGGGCUCCCCAGGCUGCCGUCGGACCUCCUCCUGGACCUAUUCCUCUGCCUGUUCCAGCUCCCUCCCUUGGAAAAAUAAAAGCACACAUUUGGUCUUUGUCUGGAUUCCUGA